AUGGGAAAGAUCAUCUUCUAUGAAGGCUCCAACUUCCAGGGGCGCUCCUAUGAGUGCUCUGCUGACUGCACUGACACCUUUAGAUACUUCAACUGCUGCAACUCCAUACGGGUCAUGGGGGGUCACUGGGUGGGCUACGAGAAGCCCUACUAUAUGGGGUAUCAGUACAUCCUGGGCCGUGGGGAGUAUCCUAACUUUCACCACUGGAUGGGCUUCAACAGUUGUAUCAGAUCUUGUCAGAUGUUCCCCCCAUACAGAGGUGCCUACCGCAUGAAAAUCUACAACAGACCUGAAAUGCACGGACACAUGAUGGAGUUCACAGAUGACUGCCCCAAUGUCUACGACCGUUUUGGCCACCACGGCAUCUACUCCUGUAACUGUAUGGAGGGCUACUGGAUCUUUUACGAGCACCCCAAUUACAGAGGCCGUCAGUAUUUCCUGCGGCCCGGAGAGUACCGAGCCUGCAGCGAAUGGGGUUGCAUGAAUCCCAUGAUUGGCUCCUUUAGGAGAAUGAGGAGCAGUUUAAUGUAA